GCCCCUCCUUCGUCCCCCUGCGCUGCAUUGCAAGGGCGGGUCUCUAAAGAGACAUCCCUUGUCGGUGGGUAUUCUGAGCCUGCUGCGCGCGGAGAAACAACGAAUAGAGACUCACCGCCAAGCAAAGGAAUCUGAGCCUGCCCCAUCGCCUCCACAAUAUUCAGGCCCAGGAUAUCCACCUGGCCAGGCCCAAUAUGGAUAUCCUCAGAAUGCACCUGGACCUGCAGUCCCAGGUCUGCCAGCAACUUACAGUGCUAUCCCGGUUCAGUAUCAGCCUAAUGUUCCUGUGGUUUGGAUGCCGCCACCUCCUGCAAUUCCAAAAUGCCCUCCAGGAUUGGAAUAUUUAAGCCAGCUUGAUCGCCUAUCAAUUCAACAGCAGAUUGAACUCAUGGAAAUGAUAAGCGGCCUUGAAACUUGCAACAGAUACGAAGUCAAAAACUCUGCGGGGCAGAUGGUGUAUUUUGCAGCUGAGGAAAAUGACGACUACACACUGAAUUGCUAUGGGCCCUUACGCCCCUUCACCAUUAAGUUCUAUGACAGUGCAAGCCAGCCGAUCAUGCAGCUGUCAAGAGAUUUCCAGUGUUCCAUUUGCUGCUGCCCUUGUAUCUGCUGCUUGCAAGAGCUUGAAGUUCAAGCCCCACUAGGCACGGUCAUUGGUUAUGUUAAACAGAAGUGGCACCCCUGUCUCCCUAAAUUCGUUCUCCAAAACGAGGCCAGAGAAAGCGUACUUAAAAUGGCUGGGCCAUGUGUGCCAUGCCGCUGUUGGCAGGAUAUUCAUUUCGAGGUGAAGACACUGGAUGGGAAGUCUACGGUCGGAACAAUUAAUAGGCAGUGGACAGGCCUAGCAAGAGAGGCCGCCACAGAUGCUAGCAUCUUUGAUGUCCAGUUCCCCAUGGACCUUGAUAUCAAAAUGAAAGCAAUCACCAUGGGGGCCUGCAUGCUCCUGGAUUUCAUGUUUUUCGAACGUACGGGAAACAGAAACCGCCAACGUCGUUCUGGGGUGCAUCAUGGGACACACCAUGGUGCUGGGAUGCAUCACGGGAUACAUCGUGCUGGGAUGCAUCAUGGGAUACAUCAUCGUGCUGGGAUGCAUCAUGGGAUACAUCGACGUUAGUUCAGGCUGAUUUUGCAAUGUGAAAAUGAAAAUAUGAGUGCAAAUAUCCAAAAUUGUGUUCUCCCAUAACUGUUUACUAAAACAAGUUACCAGUGUUUUGCAUUUAAAGUAGUAGUAGUAAUAAUAAUAAUAAUACUUUUUAAAAAUCAUUUAUACCCUGGCCAUCUGACUGGGUUGCCACAGUAGCUUAUUUUGGUAAUUUGCAAGUAUCGCUGUAUUCUUCAUACCGUAUAAGGUAUAAUAUUCCAUCUAGGUAAUUCAAAACAAACCCUGCUUUAAAAGGCUAUUUUGAUGCAGCUAAUAGAUCACUGUAUAAAUAUAAGUGUUAAUUAUAAAUAAUAGUUAAAAUAAACUGUGCAUACUUUCCAGAUUACCAACAGGCUUAGUAGCAAAGCGGCAGAAAUCCAACCCAUUUUUCACUGCUGCAGUUGAAAAGCCUAGAAAGUGACCAGAUUACUGCUCUCCAAGUGCCUUUGAAGGAUUGUAUUCUAUAUGAUGGUCCUAACAUCUGCCUUUUUAUAUUUUAUACUGCAAGUGUAACAAAAAGAAAGAUGUUUGCUAUGAUUUUGUACUGCAUUGUUUCGCACUGUAUUGUUGUGUAACUGUUUUGUUCAGUUGUAUAUUUUUGGGAAGCCACAUUGCCAAUGGUAACACAGCUAUUUAACCUACCAAAUCACUCAAUAAAGCAAUUGGCAAUGGUGCUGAGCAGUGCUGUGCCUGCACACUCAGUGUUGGACUGUGUGUGCAAAAUUGGCUUAAAACACAGCUAGCUUCUUCUUUUUCUCAGUUUGGAUUGAACUGGCUCGGGGGAAAAUGAAUCAAGACACGGUUUCCUAAGAAAUGACGGGGCAAAUACAGGAUACAUAUGGAUUGUAUACACUGCCAAAACACAGUGUGGGACUGUUUGAGAGUCCCUUGAAACAGCUCUUUGGAAUUCUCUUUUUAUGUUGGCUGUUCGAUAAUUUUUUUAAAAAAU